ACAGACACACAAACAGAUUAGAGUCAAAACUAGUUACAAUGGAGGGGAGUCAGAGACCACAAUUCAUCUGUGGACUGCGAUACAUAACAAUAGGGCUUACUUUGUUUUUUCUUUACUUUAUAUUUAUUGGUCAAGGGAUGAUUGGUUCAGGUGUAUUUGACUGUCCCAGACAGCCUUUUAUCUCCCUCUACAUGUCCCUGUAUGGGAUCAUACCGGUCUUCUUGGCACUGAGCUUAUGGUGUAACUGGUGCAAUGGUGUCUGUUGGUCUGUAACCACCAUCUUCUUCUGUUGCUGGUUUAUUGCUGGUAGCAUCGUCAUCUACUCCAUUUAUGAACCCAAGUACGACAAGACUACUGCACAGCCUGAUCUCUACUGCAACAAGACGCUCUACCUGUUCGCAUUUUGGUUCACCAACAUGACCUACAUACUAUUAGCACUGAUCUUUUUAUCCUAUUGCUGUUGUAGACAACGAGGUGAUGGUGAUAAUGAGACUCAAACACUUGUGCGGUAAUAAAUAGAGACGAAGCAAACUUAAUUAAAAAGAUAAACAUACACUGUAAGUUAAAUGAGGGCAAAUGGUGCAUUUAAAGGCAGUUUUCCUGUGUAUCUUAUGUAGGUAUAAUUAAAUGUUCUAAUGAGCAAUGUACAUGUUUGAUCUUUUAUCAGAGAAGAAUGACAAUUUAUACUCUAAGUAAUUAAUGUUGGAGGUUUACUUUUUUAAAAAUACUUUUGCAGCAGUACUCUGUUACGUAAUGACAUCCUUAGAUAUGAAUAAUAUCCUUUUUUCCUUCCCAUUGAUUCUCUAAUAGCUCAGUUUUAUAAGCUUGUGAGCGCAGAAAUACCAAAUGUGUGAGGCUGAAUUCUUAGGAAACAUCAUAGAAAUACUUAGAGAAUAUAUUUUUUGAUCCAGUAACAAAAUCAGAGAAAACAUGGAGUCUUGAGUGAAAUGAUCAUUAAUCAUAAGUAAUACAUGUACAUAAAAAUGUCAAUGUAAAGUGUACAGUGCCUUUACAUUUCUCCAGGAAGAUCAGAAAUAGGUUUAUUAAAAUGUACAAACAUACAAGGAAACAUACAGUAUCCAAGGCAAGAAAGUUUUUAUAGUUCUAACAAGCUUGAAUGUCAAUAUUUGGUAUGAUAACCUUUAUUCCUCAACACGGGCUUUCUUUAUGUAUUCUUCAGGAAUAGUUCUCCAGGCUUCUUCAAGGACAUUCAAAGCUGCCCUUUGGUUUUUUUUUCUGUCAAGAUGAUUGUAUCCCCCUCAUUGGUGCAAAAAUACCUUUAUAAAAAAUAUAUUUUGAUCAAUCUCAACAGUCAGAGAAUGUACAGUCUGUAAUGAUUAUUGGUUACAGAUGUAACCCUUCAUUGGUGCAAAGAUACCAUUUUAUGUCUGUCAAAUUGUUUUCGCUUUGCUAUUUUCAAUAGAUUCAACAGAAAAAAUUGAAAUAAUUUAUGUGUUUGUGUGGCUGGCUUUGGGGUUUUUGUUAUGUAUAGACACAACACAGCCUUUUUCAUGCUUUAGUGACUCACAGAUCAGUGUUAAGUUGCUUAAUAAACAAAAAAAACAUCUCUAAUUGUAAAAGGAAUGAAAAUAAAUGAAAAAGCAGCCAAUAUCCAAAGUCUAACUGCUUAGAAAUACAUCAUAAAGAAACAAGGCGUGGCUGAAGACUUUUACACAGUGCUGAAUUUGAUGUAAUUUAAUGUAAUAUGUCUAUGUUAAUGUUACAAAAUGCAUGCAAUCCUAAAAUUAACAUGAAUAAAAUAUUAUUUUUUAAAAUGA